AUGGAGAUCCGACGAACACCGCAUGGCGACGAUGUCAUGCGCCUGCGGAGUUCUGAUGGCGACGAUAUCAUGCGCCUGCGGAAUUCUGAUGGCGACGAUGCCAUGCGCCUGCGGAGUUCUGAUGGCGACGAUAUCAUGCGCCUGCGGAGUUCUGAUGGCGACGAUGCCAUGCGCCUGCGGAGUUCUGAUGGCGACGAUGCCAUGCGCCUGCGGAGUUCUGAUGGCGACGAUAUCAUGCGCCUGCGGAGAUCUGAUGGCGACGAUAUCAUGCGCCUGCGGAGUUCUGAUGGCUACGAUGCCAUGCGCCUGCGGAGUUCUGAUGGCGACGAUAUCAUGCGCCUGCGGAGUUCUGAUGGCGACGAUGCCAUGCGCCUGCGGAGUUCUGAUGGCGACGAUAUCAUGCGCCUGCGGAGUUCUGAUGGCGACGAUGCCAUGCGCCUGCGGAGUUCUGAUGGCGACGAUGCCAUGCGCCUGCGGAGUUCUGAUGGCGACGAUAUCAUGCGCCUGCGGAGUUCUGAUGGCGACGAUGCCAUGCGCCUGCGGAGUUCUGAUGGCGACGAUAUCAUGCGCCUGCGGAGUUCUGAUGGCGACGAUAUCAUGCGCCUGCGGAGUUCUGAUGGCGACGAUAUCAUGCGCCUGCAGAGUUCUGGUGACCACUGGAGCCUUUGUAAUAGGGACGAUUGA